UAUAACUGGGAGCCCUCUGGGCAGGCACCUCCACCUCCCUGACCACAGCACCAUGGCUUUGCUCUGGCUCAUCUCCUGUUGCGCCCUCCUGGGCACAGCCUUCGGCUGCGGGGUCCCUGCCAUCCACCCUGUGCUGAGUGGUCUGUCCAGGAUUGUUAACGGGGAGGAGGCUGUUCCCGGCUCCUGGCCCUGGCAGGUGUCCCUGCAGGACAGCACUGGCUUCCACUUCUGCGGCGGCUCCCUCAUCAGUGAGGACUGGGUGGUCACUGCAGCCCACUGCAGUGUCAGAACUUCCCACCUGGUCGUGGCUGGGGAGUUUGACCAGGGCUCAACUGCCGAGGACAUCCAGGUGCUGAAGAUCGCCAAGGUUUUUAAGAACCCCAAGUUCAACAUGUUUACCAUCAACAACGACAUCACUCUGCUGAAGCUGGCCACGCCCGCCCGCUUCUCCCAGACCGUGUCCGCCGUGUGCCUGCCCAGCAAUGACGACGACUUCCCUCCUGGGAUGCUGUGCGCCACCACUGGCUGGGGCCUGACCAAAUACGACAAUGCCAAGACCCCUGAGAAGCUGCAGCAGGCAGCCCUGCCCCUUCUGUCCAACACCGAAUGCAAGGAGUUCUGGGGCAGCCAGAUCACUGAUCUCAUGCUCUGCGCUGGGGCCAGCGGCGUCUCCUCCUGCAUGGGUGACUCUGGUGGCCCCCUGGUCUGCCAGAAGGACGGCUCCUGGACCCUGGCAGGCAUCGUGUCCUGGGGCAGCAGCACCUGUUCCACCUCCAAGCCUGGCGUGUACGCCCGUGUCACCAAGCUCAUGCCCUGGGUCCAGCAGAUCCUGGCAGCCAACUGAGCCCCUGGCCCUGACCUGGCCUCCCUGCUCCCACAAAGCCUUAAUAAACUAAUGGAAGACUU